GCUGUCGGCAUCAACAACCACUCGCCCAAUUAACAUGCUUGAUGACCUCGCGUGCCCUCUGAGGCAAAGAGAGACUUAGGCUCCGCGGCGCAUGAGGCGCUUCUGUAAGCAAAAGCAAACAACCUGGACAAAGGACCAGGGCAGAAAGGGACUGGGAGCGGGCCAAAGGGCACACACGCAAACACACACCCACCCACCCACAGGUGCAGGUCCAUACACGGCCCCCGAGAACCAUUUUUUCCGGCAAAGCGGCAGAGCCGCAACAGCCCGGCUUUUGCAAGUGUACUGUAUAUUUCUGCCGCUGUUCGCUCGGACAGAUGGCUCGUCAUUGAUUUGAGACGUUGUUGGCCCUGUAGGCGAAUCUCGAAGGGUUUGCAAAACUUAGCCGAGCCCAUCAGAAGCCCCCAAAAACCACAUCUUUGUGCGACGGUGUGGUACAGUGGUACAGUGGUACAAGUGUACAACGGUACGCCCAUUGGAGACAGGAAGAUGGGCCAUAACGAAGACAGAAUGCAAAAGCACUCGCGGGCUGGCACUGGCCUUUAAAUAUCUUCACUUCGAGACACAGGCUGAGGCCCCAUUUGAUCAACAGCGCAGCGUUGAUUCGCCUGUCCGGUCCGUUUCCAGGCGGGCGCAUUGGUGCGGUGUUAGCGGUUGCCUUGUUGCCUUUUUGCGAACCUGAACAGGAUUGCCCCAAGUCCAAGACGACUCCAUUCAAAUUGUGCUUGCAGGCGAGCGGGCUGUGGAAACACGCAUUGGCCGACCAUGUCGAGAGUUUGCCCUGGUCCGCCCAACUACCUCCAGAGAAUCGACGAGUACGUGCGUCAGCCGUUAGGGAUGGACGGCGGUCCGGCGACGACUGCGCUGCUUGCAGAAAAUGGUGUACAAGCUCGAGCCCAUGACUCUGAGACGGAUGAUACACUACUGUGCACAAGAACACAGAAGGGAAAUACAGAAGGGAAAGAUCGAGUGUCCUCAAGUGCCAGGAGUCGAGGAAGAGCAGCAACCACGGGGAAAGUCAUCAAUAGAAUACUAAGGACUGAAAUAAGGAUUGGAACAAGCAUCCGGGAACGAAACCCACACCGCUAGCAGGGGAUACACGUCGGUCAGAGUGACGUCCGGGGAUGAUAGACACCGCCUCGAUCAACAUGACAGCAGAGACCCUCGACCACUGGGUCCAUCACACGACUGAGUUCUCGGCACCAUUCCACCCAUGUUGUGAAGAUUCUAAGCGUACGAAUGUCAGGGGACUGGGGAUCGCUGGGACCUCGAGCAUCCUGAUGGUGGUGGGAUCAAUGGAAUUGUGCAAGAUGCUAAUCGUAAAAUGUACAUACAUGCGGACUCCUACAUCCAAGCGCGAAACCCCGGCGAGGCUGAAGGUAUGGACGGGCGGUCAUUCAACUUCUUGCCAGGACAAUUGUGUGAUGUAAUUCUUUUCCAUACCCUGAGAGCUGCUGCCAGGGCAUUUCGGCAGAUCUAAUUGAUUUCACAGGCGACAAUUGUCUCGACAGCAGAAGGAUGAUUUCAACAUUGUACAGUACAUGAAAUAAAGAAAAACCGGAAACAAAGAGAUGCUAAUCCACACACACAACAAAUGGCAAAUGCCCGAAUAUGGCCGUGGGGCAUUGGCGUGUGGCGUGGCGUGGUGCAGGACAUGUCGCUUGCUCGCUUACUCCUCCCUGCCAUGAGUCUCGUCAACAGUGAUCUGGAUCGCCAUAUACACCCAAAGUGCCCUUGUCUCUCAAAAUACGCAGGUUAGAUCUGCCGCAUCAGUAAGGUUGCGCCGCUUAAAAGACACUGGCGCAACCCCAGUAUUGCUCCACACCGAACUGACCAGGCUCCUUCCAUGGCUCGUUCUCGUAGCUCAGGAAGACGACCUGAGCUCCGACGGUGUUGUGAAUGCCCUUGAGCGCAAUGGCCUGGUUCUCAACGCCGGGGCAUGCGGCACCGUUGCAGCUUCCGGCGCUGGGCCACCCGGUCUCCAAGACGUAGACGGACUUGCCAGAGCAGAUGCCGUUAAGGAUGUUGAUCUCGUCUUGGAUGAAGCUACCGGCCUUGUCAGCCGAGACAUCGGCGUUGAAGAAGGCGUACAGGUUGGCACCGACGACGUCAACAACCUCGCAGAAUGCAGACGACGCGCUGGUAUCCUCCCAGAUGGACAGAGGCUCCGUCAAGGUGAUCAAGCCAGUGUAACCAGCACUCUUGAAGGAAGAGGCGCAGCUCGAGACGAACUCGGCGAGCUCAGAUGCAGAGCAGUAACCGUUGAAGACAGCCUCGUUACCAACCACGAUCAACUCAACAAGGUCGAAUUGUCCCCACGAGAUGAUGUCCUCAAUCUGACCCUUGGCACCGCUGAUUCCAGACGAGGAGAUCCAGACACCCAGGAUGAGCUUGAGACCGUGCUCCCGUGCAGCAGUGCCAAUGUUCUCAAGAGAGUUGCAGUCAGUGCUGUAGACACGGACGGAAGCGAAUCCCUUCUGGGAAAUAAUCUCGAGGUCAGCCGACACGGUGCUGGCGUCCUUGCAACCGCCGGAAGAAGUGUACGGGGAGUAGGUCAUAGCCCAGGAGUUUCCGUUGGCAGUAAUGCCAGGGCUGCCACCGUGGCUACCACCACUUGGCUUUGCGUAGGCGCCGGAGGAAGAAGCGGAAGCGGAAGCAGAGCCGCUAGGCUUCGACGAACCCCAUGAGGAACCCUCAGAGCUGACGGUGGCGGUAGCGGUUUCGGUGGAGGGGGAAGACCAGUCGCCCCAGGUCUGGGUCGAGGUCUCGGUCGCGGUUGUUUCGGUAGCAGAUGCAGGAGUGGUGGUAGUAGUGGUAGCAGUCCAGUCACCCCAGGUCUGGGUCAAAGUCGUCUCGGUCGCGGUUGUUUCGGUAGCAGACUCAGGAGUAGUGGUGGUGGUGGUACCAGACGUCCAGUCACCCCAGGUCUCGGUCGAGGUUGUCUCAACGACCGACGCAGGAGUGGAAGUGCUCGAGGUCCAGUCAGCCCAUGUCACAGGAGUGGCGGUCGUGCUGGCCACAGCAACCGGUGUGGUGCUCGUCUUGGUGUUGUUCCAGUCGAUCCAUGUCUGCGCCGCAGGAGUGGUGGAUGACGCGUUGGCGACAGGAGUUGGGUACCCUAAAAGAAUCGAGUGUUAGACAUAAACAAUGCAGAACAACACCAUCAAUGAAACUUACAAGUUGGGGCGCCG